AGUGUUGUAUUUUACAACAGGCCCGAUAGUGGAUACUUAUACAUCACCAUAAUUUACAACAUCAGUGUAUCUCUGGCUCUCUAUGGACUAGUGUUAUUUUACUUCUCUACCAAGGAGCUAUUAUCUCCCUAUAAACCAGUAUGGAAAUUUUGCACAGUUAAAUCGGUCAUAUUUCUUUCAUUUUGGCAAGGUGUAAUCUUGGCAGUGCUGGAGAAAGCUGGGGUGAUUUCCCCCAUCUAUUCUAACCAGGGUAUAUCCAUGGCUAGUGUUGGAACUGUGUCUGCUGGAUACCAAAACUUUCUUGUCUGUAUUGAGAUGUUUUUUGCCUCACUAGCCCUGCGCUAUGCCUUCCCAUAUCACGUAUAUAUGCAGAGCUAUCAGCGAGAAUCUCAGGGACGUUCUGUGACGAUGCAGAGUAUCUCCAGCAGCCUAAAAGAGACCAUGAACCCAAAAGACAUCAUGAAUGAUGCUAUCCACAACUUCCACCCACAAUACCAACAGUACACCCAGUAUACUGCCCCACCUCCAGCUUUGGGGCAUCGUGGGGCUGUGCAAGGAAUGAGGAUUGCCAGUAUGGAGGAUGAAAAUACUGAGAAAGGGUCUCAUGGCCCUCACCACACAACCAUAGUCCCAGGACGGCAGGCCACUCCAAUGAACCAGGGCUACACCGAAAAAACAACGCUGUUGAGCUCAGAUGAUGAAUUUCAGUAAAGACUAAGUUUGGAGGAAAUAUUGGUACUGUUAUGUUGAUACUCAAGAGCUUGUGUCAGAAACUGCUGUGGUUUCAGUUUUGUAUAUGUUAUUUCCUUUUAAUCUCAUGAAAAUGUUUAAUUUGGAUGUUGUAGCUAGUCAGCCUGUAAAUUUUUAUGUCAGAAUUGAAGAAUAAAAUAGUGUUUGAUCAUAUAUCUACCAACUUUACUUAGCAUAUUGUAGCUUUGUAUUAUCUUUUAUAUUUCUUUGUCAUUUAAUGAUUCACUGUGGACUUUGUUCCAAGUUGCAGAAAUGAUAAAAAAGUACUUAUUAAAGGAAUAAAUAAUGUUAUUUUUUUCCCUGUCUUGGAAAAGCUUUUUCUUUCAGUGUUUUUUAAAUCAAGCAGGUUUAAAUAGCGAAAGAGAUAGUAAGCCAUAGUUAUAUAGAAAUGUCAAGCAUCAAAGAAUUAACAUGACUUGAAACAGUAAAGGCUGAAGGAGCAUUACCUAAAUUCAUUAAUAUCAGAAAGAUUAAGUUUUUAUACCAGAAAGGCACAUAAAGCCAAUGCUUAACACUGGUUUCUUGUGGCACAAGCAGGGAAUAAUGAUGACACAUUCCUCCCAGAUGGGACACCACACCAUCAUUGGUUAACUUACUGGUACCUAUCAUAACACUGAAACAAUUGAGGUAAAUUGUCUUGCUCAAAGACACAACAGCAAGUCUUAACCUUGAGGGCACGUUGCCCUCCCUCCACUUUGAGAAGGUCAGGUGAUCAUGGUUAAACCAAUAACAGUAAAGUUAUGUGGAAUAUAUAUAUCCUAAUAAACAUAAACCUGGUUUUAUUAACACAAAAGUAAAAUUAUCCAGUCAGUCUCACCUUUCUGUUAUUGAUGGUGAGUUACAAUCUAUUUGUUGGGUCCAAAUUUAACUGUAGAGAAUCGUAUAAAAAUUGUCCUCGUUUAGUUGGGGGGGGAUAAAUUCAAAGGAUUGGAGGUUUACUUAUAAUAAGCAUACAGACAAAAGUCAUGAUUUUUUUGUUUUAAUAAUCCCUGCUAUAUUAAGAUUUGUUAACACAGCUAACUCCUGUAUGUUGGGUUAUUUGUGAGUUUUAAAUGAGGUUAGCCUAACCAGUGUGGGCAUUAUUGUCAUCAAACUACCCAUCAACUUAAAGGCUUACUGGAAACAUUAUCUCUUACUUAUUUGAUGGAGAAUCUUCUGUGGAUGAAAAGUUCCUGUAAAACUCACUGCUCUGGCCAACAAACACAACUUGAAAUAUUUUAAACAAGUUGUAUUUUAAUACAGCAGUAGCUACUGUUCUAAAUAUAGUAGUUGUUCACAUAUGAAAAAUUUGGCUUACUAAUUUCAAUUUAUGACAGUCACUAAUUUGGACUUUAGUUUUGAGAAGUUGUGCUACAAUCUUUCAAAUUUUAUGUUGUUGUCAACUAAAUUUAGAGGCUUAGGUGUGUCUUCCAUGUUAUACUAAAGUGGUCCCUUAAAGAUGGAGAGAUCUGAUUGGCUACCUUUUUUUUUCUUUAUAGUUAGUAGUACAUGAAGUCGUUUAUCUGUGGACUUCCAUUAGGGUUUGUUCUUUUAAUUUAUUUGUUAAAAAUAAUACGAAAGCCAGUCCACUUAAUGGUAAUAAAUUACUUCCUUAAUGUACAGGAUAUUUCCACUUGUACACAGUUGUUCUUGUAGCCUCAAGUUCACAAAUGAUGUUUUCAACAUUAGUACCACUAACAUAUAAAUAUACUUGUUUCUACAGUUUUAUGGCUAACUGGUCAAGUACCAAAUAUACAGUAUAACUAACACUGUUCUGAAUGACUGGUACCACUUGAAAACAAACUCAAUGCUUCACUGGUUCUUCUACUUAUAUAUAUGUAUCCUUGUUUUUAGACACUUUACAAAGUCUUUUAGUUGUUAGUAUUCACAAAUUCUAAGGAAUACUUUUAUAAACGUACUUGAUGUCACAUGCUUUCUAGCUGACAGCUAAGUUAAAACACUGAAAAUAGAGCUUAUAACAACGUAUACAAUACAUGUCACUUCUCCAUUGGACAUGUAGCCUAGCAUUUAAACUUUAGAAACAGCACAUUGGAAACUACAUAGUGUCAGUGAAGGGAAAAACUAAGACAAUACAGAUAUAUGCAUCUUAGAGAAGCCCGAACUAUUUGAGCUUAGUGUUGCAGAGUAAGAUAGAAUAGCAUGUUUGUUCCCCAUGUAAUGCAUGAUCUUAGUAAACUCUCCACACAUGUUACUGCAGUCAACUUUCAGAAGAUACCUAUUUAUUUGUUUUCUAAAUAAGAGAUCCAAACUGAUUACACUCAAUGUAUUUAUGACAUUAUUAGCUACUGUGUUUUCAUUCUUUGUGAUAUUUUCUAGAUUGGGUUCAUGUACAGAGUUUUUUGUUAAAGAUGAUGGUACAUUAUAUACUAGUGUGAAACUAUGUAAUUAUGAUGUGGAUGAUUUUUCUGUGGAACUUAAUAUAUGUUUAUCAGUUAUUAUUAUUAAGAUGAUUUUACGUAAAUAUUUUAUUGUAUUCAACUUUCAGCACCAAUUUCAUCGUCUGUUUGAUGAUUACAAAUUUAAUGUGGUACUUAGAGCAUUACAUAUUACUGUAUGUAAACAAAAGUAUUACUCGUAAUGCAGAGUUGUUGGUUUUUCUGUUAAUAAUUGUGUUUCUACCUUCACUAGAGUUUAGUCGAAUAUCAAAUGUUAUUCUGUUGAAGUGCUGAUUAGUUAAUCAAUGUGUCUGUAUAGUUACACAUUAUCUUUCCAUGCAUCAUUACUAGAAUGUGUUAUUAUUCUUUGUUGCCAGUUUUCACAUUAUUUAGUAUUCUUAAUUAAAUAAGAACAUUUACUGUGUACUUUUAAAAACAUUAGAGGAUUACUUUAUCGUUUUGGAUUUUUGUAAUUAGCCCCACAUUUUAAGCACAAUUGUGGGUGUAGCCAUGUGUCAAAGUCUGUUAUAAUUUUAUCUAACUUCAUUUGACAUAAUCUGAGAAACUACGUUAAAAAUGUAUAUACUGUUUGAAUUCAAAUGUAAUGGCGUGGGAAGAAAUAAAACUGUUGUGAGUGUUAAA